AUGGUCGAAUGUUUAGAAUACCAGGAAAAAUUGGUCUACCCCUGUCUGGAGAGCCAGAAUCCGAACGAGGGUAUGAUACGCGAAAACAGAUGCAACUGGAAACCUGAUGGUCUCAUCAUCGGGGGUGUUGAUUCCUAUCGUGGAGAAUUCCCCCACAUGGUUCACUUGGGAUAUGGAAAAUAUAAAACAGAAUGGGAAUGCGGCGGUGUACUGCUCAGCGAAAAGUUCGUGCUCACAGCGGGUCAUUGUAGUAAAGAUCCUCGUUUCGGACCAGUUAAUAAAAUAAGAAUAGCGUUUUUAAAUAAGUCAGAAAAAGUGACGGAUGUCAAUUUGUAUAACGUGAAGCAGAUCUACAAACAUCCUGAAUACAAGUCGCCGUUGGUAUACAAUGACAUCGCUUUGUUAGAGUCGGACAGACCUUGUAAGGAGUUAUAUGUUUGUUGGAGUAUGCAGUUGGGGCGGUACGCGGUCCCGGCUUGUCUCCACGAUGGUCGUCCCAUCAACGACACAGAAGUAUACGCAACAGGGUGGGGAUCAACCAUGUUUCGGUUCAUCACGCUACCAGAUAUCCUUCAGAAAGUGGCCCUGGAACGAUAUUCUGAUGACGAAUGCCAGCGCCGUUACAGCAACAUCACAAUACGCCUUAUGCCGAGGGGGUAUGAUAAAAAAACUCAAAUAUGCUACGGUCAUAGGAAAAUGAAGAGGGAUUCUUGUAAAGGGGACAGCGGCGGUCCUCUCCAAGUGGUUCACCCGGAAAUCAAAUGUAUGUACUUAGUGACAGGUGUAGUAAGCACUAGUAAAUGGUGUGCUAAGCCCGACAUGCCUGGUAUCAAUACUCGGGUUGCGCCCUACCUGAGUUGGAUAGAAUCCAUUGUUUGGCCUUAAUUGUUUAACUUAUUGUGUGAAACCUAACUAAAUCACACUUGUAUGUCUGAUUGAUUGGUCCGUUCUUAGUGGUUUUUUCUUAAUUUUCGAUAUUUUGUAGUUCCGGCGGUAGCUUCAAUUUUAAAAAUAAUAAUCA